AUGUCUUUCUCGUCGGUGCUCGUGCUCUUCUGCUUCUGGCUCCCGGUGAUCAACGCCUACUCCGAGGGCACCAAGCAGCUUCUCUUCGUCCAGGCUGUCCGUUCUUUUUGGGUUGAAUUAGGCUCGACUUACAAAGAAGGUCAUAUUACUUUGCGGUCGGGAUUUUCCUGAAAGUUGGUCAAAACACUCUUUGAUGUACUAGAAGAAGAUCCUGAAAGUGUCGACCUGCACGAUUUCCUAGUUUUUGAGAAAGGACACCUCAAAGCCUAAUAAAACCAUAAAAGGCGCUGAUUCGAGCUUUCUUUCUCGAAAAUUAGAAAGUUGAGCAGUUUGAGACUUUCAGAAUCCUUUUUCUAGUACGUCAAGGUGUUUUCUGGCCAAUCUCCAGAGAACCUCUUAAAAAUAACCUUCCUUGUGAGGUUAUGAAAUUCGGAACGCACUUUUUUUUAAAGUUUAAGAAAAAUUGAACCGAUUGAGGUUAAAUUUGAAGUAAUCUUCCUUACUUUUGAUGUAAAUAUUUUCUGAAAAGGCUUACAUUUUUCAUGAAGUUCUCAAUAGAAAUCCUAGAAAUUCAUUGUAAGGGAGGGUUAAAGUCGAAGAAAAUCAUAGAAAUGCUGAUAUAGGUUUUUUUCGGAACAUAGAUCCUUUUUUUAUAAACUCGAAAAAAAUAAUCACAUUUUUUUAUCUAGUGCAAAAGUUCCAGCCUAAAUCUCAAAAAAACAUCCUGAAAAAAAGUUAAAAUAAUAAUGAUAAUUUUUUUCGGUUUGACUUUUUUGAAAAAAAGCUGUCCUCAAUUUUUAUACCUACUUUUUUUCUAACUCUAGAGAAUUUGUUAAACAAACCCUUCAAACCUUCAAAUAAAGGGAUCAUCGAAUUUUUUUCGUGCUCUUUCCUUCAAAAACCGAACUCGAAACAGGAAUUUGCUCGAUUUAGACGUCGACCCUGGCCCGUUUUAAUAGUCUGACUCCCGUUUUUAUGAGAUUUCGAAGUCAUUCAAAAAUAUCUUUUUCGACGGUCGUCAGCGUCUAUAAUUUUCUUAUCGAGAACCCAUAAAAAGGCUACUAAAAUGCUCCUAAAAUGAGCGGAAUUGACGCUGUCCGGGAAAAGUUCUAUGAAACAACGCCAGCAGGAAGAUUUCCCAAGGUUUUUGAACUUCUGAUUUUUUUUUUCGUGUAGUUUGAAGACUUUGGAGAUUUAAAAAAAAAGUUGCGAUUGAAAAUAUAUUUUCCGUGAAGCGAAAUUCAAGACUCGGUUUUGUAACAGGGUUAUAAGAUUUUUUGAUUUUAACGAUUCAAAAAAAUAGACGAAGAGCGAAAAUAUGAGUUUUUCGAUCAAUUUUCGAUCACUUUAGUGCAAAUCAUUCUUUAAAAGAUCGAUGAGAAAGCUUUAAAAAAAUAUUUAAUAUUUUUUUCCCGAUUCCUUCUGCAUUCAAAAUACUUGGUUCAUAGUGGGUCCUUUUUACUUCUAUGCUCUUUUUAAAAAAAAUAAGGAAUGAUUUUUUUGAACGAGAAGAUAUUUCGUCACAAAAAAACUGUUUUUCGAAGCUUUUUUUCUGUUUUUUUAUAGCAUGACCCGAGUUCAAAAAAAAAUUUUUUUAUUCUUUUUCAGAAAAAAAGAUUUUCACCGUUUCAAAGCGAAUUUUUUUCAAGUUUCAUUUUGAAAUUUUUCUUCGUUACUAAGUUUUGAGACAAUGAACAGAGUUUUUUUCGAUUUCACGAUUUUGAGAGUUGAUUCUAUACCAUGAAAUCAGAAAGAUUUUGGAGAACCGAAUUCUUUUUUUUUAUUCUUUAGAACCAUGAAAAUGUAUUUUUGGUUGUUUGAUUGAUCUAGUCUAGUUAUUAUCGAAAGAUUUUUUGAUUUCGCGCCUUUUUAUCAGUUCCACGAGGGGACUUGAUAAAAAAGGCGUGAAUAAGCAUGGCAAGGAGUUCACGAACAACUUCAGCGGCGAUUAUCAAUUAGGACAAGAAUGUGGGGUGUUUGAACUUCAAAAAACUCUUUUGCGUAUUUAGGAAUGCCAGAGUGGGCCCUAGAGGGUACUUAAAGGUUUUCCUCUAGGGGCCACCUUACCUUCCACUAAAGAGGCCACCAAAGUUUGUGAAAGUGGCCACUCUAGCGGAACAGAAUGAGAUACGUCUUUCCAUCUGUCAAAUCAUGAGAAAAAAUUAAAAGAUCCAUCGACAUUUUUCCGCUCCAGGCAAAAUUAUUUUUUUUCCACUAUAGGUGUUGCUUGUUUGCUUCACUCUUCUAGGGGUCACUAUGACGUUUCGAGGUUAACGUACAAUCAAAGAAGGGGUGGGAGGCGGGGCAAGGGGCGGGACGCGUAGCGUUUGCGUACGCGGUUCUUGGCGCGAGUCCAAUUCAAUCGCCGCCGACUAUUUAAAAAGCUCGGCAACCGUUCUUUUUUUCUAUAUUUUCUAUUAUUAUUUGAUGCACACAUGAGCAUAAUCAAUAAAUAAUUGAAAAAAAGGAGUGAAAAAGGGCGAUAAAUCAGCUAUCUGAAUGCUUGCUGGCGGUUGAAUUGAACUCGUGCCAAGAACCGCGUACGCACACGCUACGCGUCCCGUCCCUUGCCCCGCCUCCCUCGCCUUUCAAGUCGGGAAACAUUGACUAUAUUUCAAAAUUGCAUAAAUUUUUAGGGUCUAGGGCAUUUUCCAUUGCAUGUUGUAAUCUACUUGUCAGAUAAACAGAGGAUUAAUUUUUUUAAAUUUAAGUUUUAUUAUUUCACUGACUGACAAAACAGGAAAGUAGUGAUCUAAACCAUGAAAGAAAAGAUUGUUUUGAGGCUAUUCUCUGUAUUUCGAUUUUAAUUUGGAAUGAAGUUUUAGGAAAAAAAAAUUGUAGGGAUUAGGGGAAGAAAGAGCCCCUCUAGAGGACAAUCAAGGGUUCCCUAUAGGGGUAAAAUUAGAGGGUCUGGAUUAUUGAGUUUGGAAAUCUUCUCAUAUAAGAAUGAAAUCUAUCAUGCUCCUCUAGAAUGACCUUUUUGCAAGCUUGAGUGCUCCCUAUAGGGGGAACUCGAGGUGGUCCCUAGAGGGAUACCUUCGAGGGCCUUUAACUUUGUCCCUAUAGGGACCACUCUGGCGUUCUUGACGAAACGAGACCGAAAAUUGAACUUUAACUCGUAUUAAUAUCAAAUCAACUAGAAAAUUUGAAAUAACUCAAAAAUAAAUGUUCAGCUUUGGCGCCACGGAGACCGUUCGCCGACCAAGACAUGGAAAACCGACGGAUUCCAGGAAUCGUCGUGGACUUUUGGCGGCGGCGGUUGGGGACAGCUUUCGCCGGUAUAACUAAAUAUCAAAUCAAGGAUUAAUUUUGAGAGAUAUUGUUCAGAAAGGCAUGACCCAGCACUUCAAACUCGGGAAAUUGCUCCGCUCUCGGUACAUCGAGAGUAUGAAGUUCCUGCCGCCGGUUUAUGACUCCAAAAAGGUUUUUAAGAGAAAAUUCUUCUUUGAAGUUUCUAUACUAAACGAUAUAUAGAAGCUGUAGAAAAAAAUAAUGAAAAAAAUAAUUAUUUUUACAUUGCAUUUUUCGAUCAGAAAACUGUUUUUUGUUUUCGUAGAUCAUCAGAACGUAGCAAGUUUUUGAAAAUAAUAGUUGAUUCUGGAUUCGUAUGAAUCUUUAAAAAUGAACUCGGAAAAAAAUAUUAAAUCAAAAAAAUGUUUUUUUGGAGGAAACUUAAAUUUCAGCAUGAUAUGAAACCAAUAUUUACUUCUUUUUUUAAAAUUUUUCCCUUUUUUUGCAAAGAAUGAAAAAUUAUUUUUUUGGUCGUAAAGGUAAAGUUUAAAAUCACGGUUUUUAGAACGGAAAAAAAUUCAAACAAAUCAGAACAAUAAACCGUCUUAUUUUUAACUUUCAAAGAAACUGGAAGGUCAUGUUAAUUUCUUUUUUUUUCCAUUUUUUCAUUUUAAAAUAAAUUGGAACAUAAAGUUACGUACUUAAAAAUACGCCCUUUCUAAAAAAAAUCUGCCACCCACACAAAAUUCCGCCAUUUGCGACAUUAUGCAAUUUUAAAAUUGGAAUUUAAAGCUCGAACUUCAGAUCUACAUCCGGUCGACCGACGUCAACAGAACCAUCAUUUCGGCCAUGUCCAACAUGCUCGGAAUGUACGGCCAAGACAACUAUGGAGCAACGGCAGGUUCGACCAAAAAAAAAUAUUGAUCAGCUGGCCUUAUAAGCUCCAAGUUCUCAAUUUCAUAGACAGCCAGAAAUUUCGAUUUUUAAGUUUUUAAUGGAUUUCUGAUCUGCAAACUUCUUUUAAAAUCUAAUAAAAACAGCAAAAGAUCUACAAAGACUUUUUCCUUGUUUGAAGUUCAAAAUGGACAAAUAUUUUUGGAAGUAAGUCUAAAAAUGUUCAGGAAAAGACUAUCCAGACAUUGACGGCUGGCCUCGAGGCUUCAUCCCGAUCGCCACUCACACCGUCGACGACGACACCGAUCAUGUCAGUUCCCAUUUCAAUUUUAUCGAUUUAAAAAAAAUGAGAUGUUUAUUUCUUGAAACAGUCGUUUCCGAUGCCAGCCAGCGUUUGGUAAUUCGGAUCGUGGGUGGCUGAAAAAUCGGGGCUUCAAAAACACGUUUGAGGGUUUUUAAAAGAGCAUGAACACAUUCCGAUAUUGAUGAAACUCCGAUUAGCUGUUUCAUUUUUAUUCAUUUGAUAUAUGCGCCUUGAAACACAACACAACCUGGGGCGUUUGAAAGGUUAAUGGCGCUUGAAGGGAUCGAACCAAAGACCUGUUUCCCCCAACACAAGAGCCCUAUCCACUACACCAAGUUGCAAAAUGAGAAACGUUGA